UCUUCUUUCUCCUCUCUCCUCCAGGAUGGAGAGAGGGUUGGAGCAGAGGGACCCUGGGCUCCAGGCACACGAAGAAGAGGGUCUGAGAAGUGACGAAUCCCAGGAUGGAGGAGAGAAACAAGUAGGGGCCGGAGGGCUGGGACGCCGGAGCCCCAAGAGGGGUCUGAAAUGCCCCUUUCUCACCUUAAGGCACAGAGAUAGGGAAGACGCAACUCUUCAGCCUGGAGUUCUUGAGGACGAGAGGGUUCCAGGCCUGGCUUCUGGAGACAUGUCUCCCAGCCCUGUUUUCAAGCUUCCCUCGGGCCCUCCGCCCGAAAGGCCUUUUCUUGUCUGGCCAGGCCAGCCAGCUGCCUGUGAAAUGAUGUUGGGGCUCCAGAGGCUGUGUGGAGAGGGGGAGGAGAAACUUACAGGAAUAGGUCUCAGGACAGCUUUUCCAGGGUCCAGGCCCUUUGGUUGCUACCAGUGCGGACUGACUGUAGCUUGUCUCCCAGAUCUGAUUCACCACCAGGGUACCCACCCAGGGGAGAAGCCAUACAGAUGUCCUGAGUGUGGGAAGGAGUUUCGAAGGGGCUCAGACCUAGUGAAGCACCACCGUGUACACACUGGGGAAAAGCCAUAUCCUUGCCCAGACUGUGGCCGUUGCUUCAGCCUUAGCUCCAACCUGAUCCAGCACCGGAGAUCACAUACUGGCCACAGGCCCCACAAAUGCCCAGACUGUGGUGAGGGCUUUGGCCGAAGUUCAGACUUAGUAAAGCACCAAAGGGUCCAUACAGGUGAGAAACCAUAUACUUGCUCUGAAUGUGGCAAGAACUUCAGUGUCAGCUCCAACCUCAUCCAACACCAGCGAACUCAUACUGGAGAAAAGCCAUAUAAAUGUGCAGACUGUGGAAAGAGCUUCAGCUUAAGCUCUAACCUGCUGCAGCAUCGGAGAUCACACACUGGGGAGAAGCCCUAUAAGUGUGCUUGGUGUGGGGACAGUUUUGGCCGAAGUUCCUAUCUGCUCAAACAUCAGCGUUCCCACACAGGUGAGAAGCCCUAUAACUGUUGUGAAUGCGGCAAGAGUUUCACUAAUAGCUCUGACUGUCUACGCCAUCAGCGGACCCACAAUGGUGAGAAGCCCUUCAAGUGCCCUGAUUGUGGUAGAGGCUUCAGUGAGCGUUCCCAGUUCACAGAUCAUCAGCGAAUUCAUACAGGAGAGAGGCCUUAUUCCUGUUCAGACUGUGGCAAAAGCUUUUACCACAGCUCUAAACUUAUCAAGCACCAACGUUCUCACACAGGAGAAAAGCCUUACAAGUGUCCUGAAUGUGGCAAAAGCUUUGUGGAUAGUUCAAACCUCCUUCGGCACCGACGGACCCACAUUGGGGAGAAACCAUAUACUUGUAGUGUCUGUGGAAAGGGGUUCAGUCAGAGUUCCCAUUUACUUAUCCACCAGGCAGCCCAUAGUGGUGAAAAGCCCUAUGUUUGCCUUGACUGUGGGAAGGCUUUUGCCCGAAGUUCUAAUCUAGUCCAGCACCAGAGAACCCAUCAGGAUGGGCGUCCCUAUAAAUAUCCUACCUUUGGUCAGAGUUUUGGCCUUGGCCCUGAAUUUGUUCAGGACCUUGGGAACUCUUCAGGAGCUGAUUUUCUCUGACCCCUAGCCACUAAAAAGUGAUAGAGCCCAGGCCCAGAUAUACUCUGGGUCUCAUUGGGGGUGUCCUUUAUGUCUUAGAACAUAUUUUCUAUUUUGGGGCAGGGACAUAGAUUCUGAGUUUCAAAUAUGAAGACUUCCUCCAUUCCUCCUACUCUGCUAGAACUUUCAGUUAAUUGAUGGGCUAGGCUUUAAGGACUAGGUAAAAAAGACUUUAAGGGAACACCAUAGUUAUCUUUCAAAAUUUCAAAGGCUCUUAUAUAAAAAAAGUCAUUUGAUAUAGCUCCUGGUAGCAGAACUAAGGCCAAUGAGGAGUUAAUUAAAGCUAUCUGUUUUUACAGUGGGACUAAAGUGAGAGCUUUAAUUUCCUGUUACCUUCUCUAAGCAGAGACUAGAUGACCAUCUGGGAUAUCAUAGUGGAUUUCAACACUAGAAUGGAGGUUGGAAUAGAUUAUACCUAUAAGGUCUUUUUCUAACUUCAUGCUCUAUGAUUCUGUGGUACAAAGGCUUUGGGAGAGUUUUUAGGACACCCUAAGCUAAGAUGUCAGGAGACUUCACUGAUGCUAUGGGAAGGAGCUCUCUUGUCGUAGGAGGGAAUAGAUUGAUACUCAGGCCCAACUACAUAGGGCAAAAAAUGGGUGGGAUAGUUCUCAUGUGCUCAGCACCUGAGCCCUGGAAACUUCUAUGAGAAUACUUGGAACCAAGGGAAGAUGGGUAACUGAAUGUUCUUAGAUUGUAUUGGCCCUUAGCCAAUCUACUUAAAAUUUGUUAUUACCAGCCUUACUGACCUUUCAGAGUUCUUAUGUUGCUCCCCACUCACAAGAAGAUGUUGUAUAUGCUUCAUCACAUUAAGAUGUUGAGCAUUUUGUGUUCUUUUUCCAAGGAAUAGUUGCAGAGCUUAGGGAAGAAUAGUGUUUAAUUCAGAGGGAUGAAUUACUAAUGAUGGAAUUUAAUCUAGCAAUGAGAGAUUUGGGGACUUAGUGGAGGACCGUUUGCAAACCUUCCCAAGGAACAGUGUUUCCAGCUACAGGUCCAGCCUAUCCCUAUUUCUUAACAUUAACACUGUUCCUCCCCCCUCCAAUUUGCCCAAUGUAAAAGUCUUGGGAAAAUCAGACUGGUUGCAUUGAGGCUGAUUAUGUCCUUCCAUAGAUCUUCUUAGAGAACUUCUCCCUGUGAGGUCUGGAGUGAAUACAACCAAUCCUUUGCUACAGAAGAUAGUUCUGGGCUGUUGCCCUGGCAUAAGGAGAAGAGGCCCUGGGAUCUUUGGAUUUGGGGAGGAUUUUGAGGGGCCUUUGGCAAUGUUGGAAUGUUUUGGUUCACAGAGCAUAUAUGUUGGUUCCAUUUCCUAGCCCCAAUAAAGAUGAUAUCUGUGACUGAUUAUUGCUUCAAACUCACUCAUCCAUCUUAUUUUUCUCUAGAGGCUUUUCCCUGUUCUCCAACUAAAUGGUUUAAUGGGGCAGGAUAUCAUUGAGGUUAGAGACUCACUUCUGUCAAAUAUCCUUCUUCUGGCCUCAGUGGGUAUAUCUUUCUAAGGCAAGAAAAAGGGUAUUUGUGGUGACUGCUAUUCCCCUGCCCCCCAACUUCUGUAAGAGCCUUUUACCUUAGAACUGUUCCACUUACAUUAUUUGGCAUAUCCUCCCAGGAGUACAGAAGGAAGGAGUAUUGUCUCCAUUAUAUAGAUGGGGAAGCUUGAGCUGUUUUCUCAGUUGGUAUUUGAACAAGUUGUCCAAAUCUCAGCUGAAGGGUAGAGUUCUAGAAAAAAAACACUAGAUUGGGAGUCUGACCAGAAUUCUAGUCUCUUAUCUGACAUUAAAGAUCUCCCAUUUAACAGAUAAGGAAACUGAAGGAUCUAUUUUGGAUGUUAAUGGGCAUUGACUGAAAAGCAUAAAGUACUAUACAUGUAUAAUGGAUUAAUCUUGUUUGUACAACACUGUAGCAUACUAUAGUAUUUUGUAUAUGUCAUAUAUGGUAGAUAGCAUAUAUCACAAUAUAUUUUCUCAGGGUAGAUAGUCUUCAUUUUGUAGAAAUAUGGAUACUGCCAGAAUGGUUGGGAAGACCAAAAUUUUGAGGAAAAGAAAAAUAUUUGGGACUGGAAUGAUUUAAUUUUGAAAAUAAAAUUGUA